AUGUCCAGGAAGAAUUCUCCGUCUCCGUCUGGGGUGCUCCCUGUGUCCCGCCGCAGAGGGCAAUGCUGUUUAGCGCACUGGCGGACCGCAGGCCGCUUCGCCGCCUGGCUGGUGGCGACUGUCGGCUUCGGUGUUUUCACGCUUCUCCACAUUCGGGUGCUGUCGCCUUCGCAAGCUCAGCCGUGGUGCACGUACGACUUGUCACUAACGCCGCACGAAACAAAGGAGCGUAAAUGUGGCUUUGUGUGCCCAAAUCCAUGGGGUGCUGAAGACCCCUAUGAAUGCGGCGAGCCGCACCCGUGCUGCUGUGCGCCGGUGUGCGACAAAAAGGAGGCGAGGAAGAACGCAUUCAUAGGGAUCAACUGGUCCGACAAAUAUUCGAAACUGAAGAUGAGUCGCGAGCGAAUGUUUGGCAUUCUGAAGCGCAAUGGCUUCUCCCACAUAAAGCUCUUCUCACCGGACGGCCUCGCGUCCCUGCAACGCGUCUACGGUUCCGACGUCCAUGUGUACGUCGCUCUACCGAAUCGCAUGGUCACCCAUCUCGCCAGCAACGCGGCGUAUGCCGUGCGUGUCAUCCAGAGACAAAUUCAGCCGUUUGCUCACCUGAUCCGUCUGCUGAUCGUCGGCAACGAGCCCCUGAUUUGCAUCAAGACCGCGGAAUGGGCAGCCAAGCAAGAAUGCGGUUCCCUCAACAUCCCCGCCAAGCUGCUGCCGGCGAUGAAGCAUGUCAAGAAGGCUCUCAUUCAGGUCGGGCUGGAGCACAUUCCUGUGACUACAGCCUUCAACGGAGGGAUUUUGGAAAUGUCGAGGAACCCCUGGACGCCGUGUGUGGCAGACUUUCGCGAUGUCGUGAAACCCAUUCUUCGGAGCGUGUGGACAUUCUUGGAGGAGCAAACGCCUCGGGCGCCGUUUAUGGUCAACAUUUACUCCUGGUUCGCCGCCAUGGCAGGGCACAUCACACCAGACAUCUCCGUCGGUGUCCCGCCUGCUUCCGGCCACGUCCCGUUCGAUGGCGCGUACCACUACUAUUUCAACUUUGACAUGCAAGUGGAGAUGCAGCGCGUCGCCAUGUGUAAGAACAAUGUGACGCAUAUAGACCUGUGGAUCGGCGAAACGGGGUGGCCUUCGGCAGAGAGUCCGCGAGCGACUCUCACGAAUGCGUAUUACUACUUCAAGCAUGUCGUUAUGCGGGCGCAGGGCAUGACUCUGCACAAUGCGACCGCAGAUACGAUACGCACUCGAGGGCUCGCUUACCCGAUUUUCCUUUUUGAAGCUUUUGAUGAAAUGUUCAAGUUCGAAAUUGAACAUGGAAACAAGUUCGAAAACAACUUUGGUCUUUUCUACGAGAAUGGAUUGCCCAAGUGGGGCACACCCACGGGCCUCCUCGACAUCCCUCUCCCGAGAGGCGCAGGAAAUGCUACAGAAACCGAGAGCGAGGAUGACAAUGGACAGCCUCUCGUCUCUGCUCGCAGACUUGACGACGACUUCUGA